AUGGAGUAUGUUCUGUCUUCCGAAGAAAGUUCCGAUACUGAUAUCAAGAGUUUGCGAACACAAUUGACCGAAUAUGGUUUAAAUGAAGAUAACUUGAGUAAAGAAGAGAUGACCGAUUUGCUUAAAGUUUUAAAAUUUUCAAAAUCCGCUGCUCAAGAUGAAGACCGACAGAAGAAGGAAGAUAUUGUUUGCAAUGCAUCACCAAAACUAAAAAUGAGAAGGCGUUAUUUAAAUGUCAGAGACAGGCGUUUACCUUGGAGUCUUUUUCCAAAUUCAACAUCUGCAGCUGAACGAGCCCGGCUUCUUGUUGUAUAUUUUAAAAUUAUGUCCUUAAAUAACUAUAGACAAGCUAGACAGUCAGUAAAUCUUGCAGCAUGGCCCCCUCCACUACAAAUUCUUGAAGAAACGACCAGAAUACAACCACAAAGGUCAACACGAAGUGGCCGAUCUGUUCCAGUGUAUGCAGGGUUUGAUGAUGAUUCCUCUGAUGUAGAUUUUGUUAUAACCAAGUCAAAAAAGAGGAAGGUUUCAAAUAGUGAUCACAGUGAUUUAAAUACAAAUAAAGGACUUGGUUUAAAGAGAAAGUCUGGCAAGGAUGACAAUUCAAAAACCACAAAGGAAGCAAAAAUAGGUACAAAUAAUAAAAAUGACUCUGAAAAUCAGAGAGCAAAGGAGUGUAUUAUUAUUGAGGAUUGUAAUACAUAUGCAUAA